UUUCACAAACCUACAACAUUUACAGUACUCUCGUGCUGCCGCCGGCGCGCGUGCAUCCAAAGCAAGACGACCCUGUCUGUCUCUUUGUUCUCUUGUGACCGCCCUCAAGAAUCUCUACCCAAAACUACAUGCAUGCGUCGAUCCCAUCGAUCUCUCACACAUUCACAUUCUCUUGUCUCUUGCGCUACUCCCCUUUCUUCUUCUUGGCCGCUUCCCACGAGGUCGAUCCACUCCAUUCCUUGCAAUGGUGGCCGCUUCUUCCUCCAGCUGGUCUCCCGUGCAGCACCACCUUCUUCUUCCUGUCCUAAUUGCUCUCCUUGCCUUCGUUGGCCAUGUCGCCGCGGCCGCCGGCAGCAGCGACGCCCGGAAUGCCGUGGUCGGGAAGAAGAGCGCGGUGCUGUCGCUGCGUGAGUUGGAGUACUGGGGCACUGGCACUGCUGCCGCGAGGGAGACGAUCCAGGGGCGCCGCUAUGCGCAAGCAAAGCAGGCUGGGUUCCUAGCAGGAGAAGACAAGAAAGCUGCAGAGGAGCCGGCAGCAAGAAGAUCAAGAUCAACAACCGCCGUGCUAGAGCUGAAGCACCACUCCUCCACAGCCACCGUCCCCGACCACCCGGCCGCCCGCGAGCGUUACCUGAAACACCUCCUCGCCGCCGACUCCGCUCGCGCCGCCUCGCUACAGCUCCGAAAACCCAAGCCAGCAUCCUCCACCACCACCACCCAGGCGUCGGCGGCGGCGGCCGAGGUGCCGCUGGGCUCCGGCAUCCGCUACCAGACGCUCAACUACGUCACCACCAUCGCCCUCGGCGGCGGCGGCGCGAAGAACCUGACGGUGAUCGUGGACACCGGCAGCGACCUGACCUGGGUGCAGUGCGAGCCGUGCCCUGGCUCCAGCUGCUACGCCCAGCGGGACCCGCUCUUCGACCCCGCCGCCUCGCCCACCUUCGCCGCCGUCCCCUGCGGCUCCCCCGCCUGCGCCGCCUCCCUCAAGGACGCCACCGGCGCCCCCGGCUCCUGCGCCAGAUCCGCCGGCAACAGCGAGCAGCGCUGCUACUACGCGCUGUCCUACGGCGACGGCUCCUUCAGCCGCGGCGUCCUCGCCCAGGACACCCUGGGCCUCGGCACCACCACCAAGCUCGACGGCUUCGUCUUCGGCUGCGGGCUCAGCAACCGCGGCCUGUUCGGGGGCACGGCGGGCCUGAUGGGCCUGGGCCGGACCGACCUCUCGCUCGUCUCCCAAACCGCGGCGCGCUUCGGCGGCGUCUUCUCCUACUGCCUCCCCGCGACCACCACGUCCACAGGCUCCCUCUCCCUCGGGCCCGGCCCAUCAUCGUCCUUCCCCAACAUGGCCUACACACGGAUGAUCGCGGACCCGACCCAGCCGCCCUUCUACUUCAUCAACAUCACGGGCGCGGCCGUGGGCGGAGGAGCCGCCCUAACCGCGCCGGGGUUCGGCGCCGGCAACGUGCUCGUGGACUCCGGCACGGUGAUCACGCGGCUGGCGCCGUCGGUCUACAAGGCCGUGCGCGCCGAGUUCGCGCGCCGGUUCGAGUACCCGGCUGCGCCGGGGUUCUCGAUCCUCGACGCGUGCUACGACCUCACGGGCCGCGACGAGGUCAACGUGCCGCUGCUCACGCUGACGCUCGAGGGCGGCGCACAGGUCACCGUCGACGCCGCCGGGAUGCUGUUCGUGGUCAGGAAGGAUGGGUCUCAGGUUUGUCUGGCCAUGGCGAGCCUGCCGUACGAGGACCAAACGCCCAUCAUCGGGAACUACCAGCAGAGGAACAAGAGGGUGGUUUAUGACACUGUUGGGUCAAGGCUGGGGUUUGCUGAUGAGGAUUGUACCUAGCUGGCUAGCUAUGUGUAUACAAGAAAUUCCAGACUGGUGGUAAUAAAGGUUGUGUUCUGUAAAAAAACGAAGGUCGAAGACGAGGAAGCUUGAAAUUCACUUUGUUUCACUCUGCUCUUUGCCGUCUGUUUGCUGUUAGCCUGUUAUGCUAAAAUUUCGUGAUAAUAAUCAGAUAACUUAGCCAGAA